CAGCAGCUGGCACAGAGCGCAUAGGACGACGAUGCUGCUGCUGAGGCUGGAGAUGAGUGGUAUUAAUAGGAGGGCUUGAGUGUCACUGGCUUUCACUGUCGAGACCGGGGGGUUUGGUGGAGAGUCGGUGUACCGGGUUUGGGGGGGCUUCACGAUCCAGACUGCGCAGUUGGAAUAAAACAAACUAACAAACAGGGACUCACUCUUAACAGACAGGCAACAUGGAAGUGUUGGCAGUUCUUAAUUUGGGCGAUUUUGCCCAAGUUUUCUCCAAAAUGGGAAUGUUUCCCGUGUUUGAUCUCGCUUAUUACAUCGUGUCCAUCCUCUACCUCAAGUAUGAGCCAGGCUCGGUGGAGGUUUCUCGCCGGAGUCCCGUAGCCUCCUGGCUCUGUGCCAUGCUCUACUGCUUUGGUAGUUACAUCCUGGCAGACAUCAUGCUUGGAAGCUCCCCCAUCGACUAUUUCCAAUACAACAGCCACAUCCUGCUGGCCUCAGCUGUCUGGUACCUCCUCUUUUACUGCCCACUGAACCUCUUCUAUAAAUGCGUGGCUUUCCUGCCCAUCAAGCUGGUGUUGGUUGCCCUGAAGGAAGUUGUCCGCACUCGUAAGAUCGCUGCAGGUGUUCACCACGCCCACCACGCCUACCACCACGGCUUCUUCAUCAUGGUCUUCGUUGGAUACGUCAAAGGGUCUGGAGUGGCUCUCAUUUCCAAUUUUGAGCAGCUGCUGCGUGGUGUGUGGAGGCCCGACACCAAUGAGAUCCUCAACAUGUCAUUCACGACCAAAGCCAGUCUCUACGGAGCCAUCCUCUUCACCUUGCAGGAGGCUCACUGGCUGCCAGUGUCCAAGAGCACCCUCAUCCUUGUCUUCACCCUCUUCAUGGCCACAUGCAAGGUGGUGAUGACUGCCCGACACUCUCACGGCUCCCCCUUCGCCCUCAUUGAGUCCUGGGUUUGCCAUCUGCUGUUCGGCUCCCCUCUGGGUGGAUCUGAGGAAGACCAUCAUCAUCCUCCCGCCUCUGUCCCAUCUUCACCUCUCAAAACCAAGGAGGAGCUGAGCGAAGGUGCCCGCAAGAGGAAGGUCAAGAAAGCCGAGUAGGACGCCAAGCUGAAAACUGCAUCAUGGCCUCGACAUGAUGCGACCUCCCAUUCCUUUCUAGGGAGAGGGGCAGUUUGAUGUUUAACCAAAUGAGACCCUUUCUAUUAGAGCAAAAUGGUGCUUUCUGCAUUUUACACAGAACGAGGACUCUGUAAGUACCACGGCAAAUGCUUCACACUUCAACCCAACCCGGACAUUUGAAACCUAUAUAUUUAUGGGUUUGUGAACAUCUGCAUCUGUGCUCAACACCGUGUGGUGAUCCAACUUCCUGUCUUUAAAUAAAAUCAAGAGAAACAUUGUG